UCCUUUCUUCUUCGUCUCCUGGAAGCCCAAGGAAGGACAGGGUGUAAAUGUGUGUGAUGCCUGCAGCAAGGAGUUCCAAGUUGCCGAAGUCUCCCCAAUCCCAGCCCUGGGGAUCCCCUUGAUCCGAUUCCUGGACCGAGAUCUUCAUUUUGUUAUUGUAAGAGGACUACGUUCUGGCUUUUGAUUCUCCUUUUUUUUGUUUUGUUUUUGUUUGCGAACGUUGAAUUUUGCAACAUUGUUGCAUUUUGGAAUCUUGAGCUGCGAGCCCCGCCCCCUCCCCUUGUUAGAAAGAGAGCAGCUGGGGUUGCGGUUCUGUGUGUUUUUUGUGCGGUGGUUGGAGGGGAGCAGGUAGGUUAUGGAGCAGUACCAGGAGGAGCUGGAGCUUCAAGCCAGUAAGUUUAUUGAAGAUAUAUCCCUCUAUGACAGGCUGGUCUCACCAGAUCCGGAGGUUAACAGGGUCCUGUCUGCCCAGAUGAUUUCAGAUCAGAGGGGCAGGAAGCUCAAUGGAAACCUUACUCAGUAUUUGCCCCACUCCUCUUCAGACACUUACCCUGUGCCCAGUAAAGCUUACGCAGGGGGUGCCCAGCUGAGGUCUGUCAAUGGCACCAGGGCAGAGGCUUAUAACUCCUUACAGAGCUGCUCGGAUGAGGGCAUCUGCAAGUCGGAGGUGGCGCUGCCAUGCUACACCGGAUUCUCCGAGAAGAACAAGAGGUACUCGGCAGAGCUCUACAGACACAGCUGCGGGAGCAGUUAUGAAGGUGUCGCCAUCAAUGCCAAGCAAGGAGGCAUCAAUGCCAUGUAUUCCAUGGGCAAACUGAGCGCCACUAGCCCCAGGUCAAGUAUGGCAUCUUCAGGCUCAUCCCAGGAGCAGGCCAAGUUCUCCAGCCCCAGGUCCAGCAUCAGCAGCAAUGCUCUGUGCUUGGAGAAAUUCUCCAGUCCCAGGUCCAGCCUGGUGGUGCCAGGGCAGCAGGACAAAUACACAAGCCCUCGGUCUAGUAUUGGACAGUACGAAGGAGGAGUGCUGAGCCCCAGAUCCAGUUAUGCCAGUACCACCAGCGAUACCAGCAAACAUUCAAGCCCGAGGGUCAGUCUGAACAGCUACGACUGCGGGAGCAAGCCCAGCAGUAACCGUACCAGCGGUAUCAGCAUGGGCUACGACCAGAGGCACAUAAGUCCUCGUUCCAGUACUGCCAGCCAGUACUCUUGCACCACGAGUCCAAGGUCCAGCUACUCGGAUUCAAGGUACAUGUCUGCAGGGAAUGCAGAUUUAGAUGGGGUUGGAGGACAUGGAGGGUUAGUGAGCCCCAGAUCCAGCAUGUGCCUCCAGGAGGUGAGGUCGGCCACUUUGGGCAGUUGCAACCCUUCCGUAGUUAGCCCAAGGUCCAGUAUAUCAAGCCAUAGUUCCCGCAGUUCCAGAAGCUCUAGAGGGUCCAUGGGGGCCUACACUGAUCUGUCAGUGCCUUCCCCCAGGUCCUCAAUACUGGGGGCAAGCCUACAGGAAGAGAGUGUUCUGCAGGAUCUUGGAGAGGCUUGUCAGUACAAAGUGCUCACUCAGUCACCUCCAAGACAGGAACAGCAACAGCCUGUAAACUCCACUCCCGAUUCAGGGCCCAAUUUAGCAUCCUACAACUUCAGCACGGCCAAGGGCUCGGCCACUGUCCACAGAUUCAAGGUUCCUUACCAAGUGACCCCAACCAGGGAAAGCGGACCAAGCCAGGCUGAGAAGAGGCUGGAGGCUCUCACCCUGGAGCUGGAGAAAGAACUGGAGAUGCACAUGAAAAAAGAGUAUUUUGGCAUUUGUAUAAAAUGUGGGAAAGGAGUUUACGGAGCCAGCCAGGCCUGCCAGGCCAUGGGAAACCUCUUCCAUACCAACUGCUUUACCUGCUGCUCGUGUGGGAGAAGACUUAGAGGCAAAGCCUUCUACAACGUCAACGGCAAGGUCUACUGCGAGGAAGAUUUCCUGUAUUCAGGUUUCCAGCAAACCGCGGAUAAGUGCUAUGUGUGCGGACAUUUGAUCAUGGAAAUGAUUUUACAGGCGCUUGGCAAGUCUUACCAUCCGGGCUGUUUUCGCUGCGUGGUCUGUAACGAAUGUUUGGAUGGCGUGCCAUUCACUGUGGACCUCGAGAACAACAUUUACUGUGUGAAAGAUUACCACACAGUUUUUGCACCUAAAUGUGCCUCCUGCAACCAACCCAUUUUACCAGCACAGGGCUCUGAAGAAACCAUAAGAGUGGUGUCCAUGGACAAAGAUUACCACGUGGAGUGUUAUCACUGUGAGGACUGUCAGCUGCAGCUUAAUGACGAAGAAGGUCGCCGGUGCUACCCCCUGGACGGCCAUCUCCUCUGCCACGGCUGCCACAUCCGACGUAUAAGCGUUAACGUGCCUCCGCACCAGCCGACCGGCUACCCGAUGCACGUCACGGAGCUCUGAGCGGCGGCUGGAGAAUCGGCGCGGUAUUAGCACCUAUGGCAAGCGUGUCAAAGGAAGAGAGAGAAGACAACCGCAAACCGUCGUACCUUUUAAAACAGCUAGCGGUACAACCUGUUUAACCCAUUCACUGCCACAGGUACAUUGCUGUGUAAA